AUGUCGCCUCUCACACUUCAAGCCGCCCGUCUAGCCUCAAGACAAGUUCUGAGAGCAUCACCCGUAUGGCAGCAGGCCUUCCGCAGUCCCAUGUCGGCCCAGGUAGCCAGGCAAUACAGCACCGCUGGUCACGCCCCCGCUGAUUGGGGACGGAUAUUGCGAACUAGAGGCGCGACUAUCUACUUCCCCGGUAUGGCCGCGGCUUUAGGAUGGCCGUACCUCGCAUACCUGAUGCUAGACAACUAG